AUGGCGAAGGUUGCAAUCCUCGUCGCAAAAGACAUCACUGUUAUCGAGCACUCGUUGUCAGAACAGGAGGUUGAGCACUUAACCAUAGAGAUCGUACCCAACAAACGGGGCCGAAAGAGCACGUUCGUGGUUAACACGUACAAGCCACCAAGGCCGGCGAAGGCCGAUUUCACCAACCUCCUUUCCGAAGCCAGUCGACUGGCGCAAGCAAACCAGCUUAUUGUAGUCGGGGACUUCAAUUCGCCUCACCGGGACUGGGGGUAUCAGUCAAACUCAGCAAGAGGAGUGACAGUCGCGCGAGCAAUAGAAUCCCUACGAAUGGAACUCCUUACCGACCCUCUAUAUCCGACCAGGGAAGGCAACAGUGUCACCCGUGACUCAUGCCCCGACCUCACCCUGAUCAAGAACGUCGCCGAGGCCACGUGGACGAACCUAGGAGAAACCCUGGGCAGCGACCACUGUAUACUCAGCACGUCCAUAUCAUCUAGCAAAAUUAGAAGACAUCUGGGUGCCGCCCAUAUCACUGACUGGCCCAAAUUCCGCAAUGCACCCGUCCCGUCAGGUCCAAUCCAGUCGAUACACGUCUGGAGCGAGGACAUCAGACAGGCAUACAAGACAGCCACAGAAACAAUACACCGCACACCGGAAGCCCCAGAGGUAGACCGCCACCUUCUCAAGCUAUGGGAAAAGCGCAACCGGCUCGUGGGAAGAUGGAAAAGGCAACGGCUAAACAGAUCCCUCCGCCUGCGGAUUGCACAGCUCACAGAGGGCGCUCAGACAUACGCCACCAACCUAGCACAGCAAAACUGGCAACAGUUUUGUGAGUCACUGCGGGGAACGCUGGGAACCUCCCGUACGUGGGCAAUCCUGCGGAACCUCAUCGACCCCUCUAAAUCAAAAUCUGAAUCUACACGCACCCUGAAGCGCAUUGCUCACCUCUUUCCGGGAGACAACGUAGCCCUACUUCUUGCUCUAAGGGACAAAUACAUCGGCACCAGCACCGCGCCACCCUGCUCUGCGACCUAUCAGGGUGAGGAAAAUCCGGCACUCGACGCUCCCAUCUCCGAAGCCGAGGUGUACGCCGCAGUACGAUCGUGCACCCGAAAUACUACGGCUGGAGCGGACAAAAUUAACAACGCCAUGAUCCGCAACCUGAGCAAGGCACAGAUCAGGGACCUCACCAAGUACCUGAACGACUCGCUAUGGGAGAAGAAUGAAAUUCCCUCCGAGUGGAAACACUCGGAGAUCAUAGUAAUCCCGAAACCGGGCAAGAAGCCGGCAGUGGAAGCUCUACGACCUAUAUCUCUCACAUCGUGCCUGGGCAAGCUCUACGAGCGAGUCGUCCAGACGCGCCUUCAACACUACAUAGAAGAUAACGACCUUUUUCAUCCAUCCAUGAUUGGCUUCCGGUCGGGCCUGUCGACACAAGACGCCUUCCUUCUCCUGAAGGAGGAAGUACUCUCUAACAUCCCGAGGGGUGGCGAACACCUCAUUAUGGCGCUGGAUCUAAAAAGCGCGUUUGAUAACGUGUCUCACGAGGCAAUACUCUCCCAGCUCAGCAAUCUCAACUGUGGCGAGCGCACCUUCCAAUAUGUCAAGACUUUUCUGUCCAACCGAACGGCAACAAUAGGAAUGGGUGACACGAGAUCGGACCCUCAAGACAUGCCCAACAAGGCCGAGAAGGAAGACACACUCCAAGCAGCAGCAAUCUGCGUCGAAACAGAGGCCAUUCGAUGUGGACUCCACUGCUCCCCCGACAAAUCCGAAGUGAUCCGCAUACAGGGACAUCACUACAAAUCGCCAGGCAACCUAAACAUCCUCCUACAUGGGGUCCCAAUCCGGGAGGUACCACUCAUCCGGAUCCUGGGCCUCUGGCUGCAGAGCGACGGAAAGGCCAACCACACACUCCAACUGCUCAAGACUACAACACAGCAGAUCUCUAAGAUGAUCCGCCGGGUGGCCAGAAACAGAAAAGGCAUGCGGGAGGAGGACACGAUCCGUUUGGCGCAGGCACUGGUCAUCAGCCGCCUUUCCUACGGGCUCCCUUACCUCACCCUGCUCCGAGCAGACUUCAACAAAGUUAAUGCGAUGAUACGCGUAGCCUACAAGAACGCCCUCGGUCUCCCACCGUACACAUCCAACGUCAGCUUGGAAGCUUUGGGACUAAAUAACACGUUCGAGGAAAUUCAGGAGGCGGUCCUCCUGACCCAGAGAGAACGCCUCCUGUCCACAGCGACAGGCCGACACAUCCUAAAGCGCAUCGGCUACCCGGCGGACCUUGACGCCAUCCAGUCGACCACAAACAUUCCGACAUCGUACCGAGCCAGAGUACACGUGGCCCCGCUCCCAAAAAAUAUGUCACAAUCCCACAACGAAGGCAGAAGAAACGCCCGAGUGGACUACCUCAAACGCACAGUGGGACGGGGCCCGAGGACGGUGUACGUGGACGCCGCCCUAUAUAAGGAUGCAUCGAACGCAGCAGCAGCCGUGGUGGUGGACUCUUCUUACGAAGAAGUCUCCAGCAUCUCCAUCCCGCACUGCACCGUCACAGAAGCGGAAGCUGCGGCGAUCGUGCUGGCCGUUCAGUACGGGGACGCGACCAACCGAGAACUUCAAGUAAUAACCGACUCCCAAGCGGCGUGUCGGCUCCUUCUUGCAGGCAGAAUACCUCAGAAAUUAGCUAGGUUCACGACUAAUCCAUUGGCUAGAAAUUCAUCGCUCAAACAUCAGAUCACGUGGGCUCCGGGGCACUCGGGGCUGGAGGGUAACGAGGCCGCGGACAGGCUAGCUCGAGGUCACACAAACCGAGCGGCCACAAUCCUCGAUCCCACUACUACCCUCCCCGUACCUGCGGCUUACGGCGCGCGACUUCAACACUUGCGCAAACAACGUCAGCUUUACCCCCCACCACACAAGGGGCUAAAUGCACAGGAAGCACGGGACUGGAGACAGCUCCAAACCAACACCUUCCCCAACUUACACAAAUACAGCAUUAUCUUCUCAGAACACUACAAAGACGCAUGCCCAUGGUGCAACGAACGACCCACCGCCUACCACGUCACGUGGGGGUGUACAGGCCCCAAACCGCCAGACAUACAAACACAACAACCGGAGGAGCAGUGGGAGGCCACUCUGUCCAGCCCCGACCUAGCAACCCAGCGCGGACUGGUAAUCCAGGCGAGAGCGGCAGCCAAGGCCACUGGGGUCUUGAAAUGA